AUGGAAAUUCAUGGUGUUGUGUCACUCAGGCUCACGAUCGUAUUCACUUCAGGAGUGGAAAGCGCGGACAGCCAGAAGUUUGAUAAACUGAAACAUUAUGUGUCCCGUUACUCAGACAUCCGCCCAUCAGAUAUCAACAACGACUCUCCUGUGGUGGUCAGUCAACAGACUUUAGAGACGACGUUAGCUUGCCUUGGCAUAUCAGCCGAUCGGGUGCGCUCCGGAAGCUAUUCGAGUGGCAAGUUUGCGACUCUCGUAGGCUGCCAAGUGGCGGGCUCGACCGAUCAACACCACAGCAGCAAGAGAAGUAUCAUCGACACGUCAAAGUGGACAACCGCAGCGGAUGAAUUACAACCCGUUAUUGAUCGCAUCAAAUCCAGCAUUCAGAGGCUCAACCAUCAAUGGCAGAUAUUGGACGACGCACAAAAGCGACUCAAAAGGUUGGCCGCCUCGACUCUAGAUGAGGUAGACUGGGACGAUCCGGUCAUCCGGAUACAAUCAGAACUGGAUCUAUUUGAUUCCGAGGAGGCGGACCCAUGA